AUGAACAUAACCGAAGAAAAGUGGUCCAUGCAACAAAAUCCACAGGUUCCUCAAUCCCCUCACCAAACUCAUCCUCCUUUGUCACCACAAAUGAGUAGUAUCUCGACGGAACCUUUUAUGCCGCCUUUCCCUUACGAAGGUCAAACGCCUCAAGCUCAAAUUCAAAAUCCACAAAUGCAAGCCAACGACGGGAAUAAUGUGAUUGUUACGCCAAAGCAAGAAAUUGCGACUCCGCAAAGCUUUGUUGCGAUGCCUGCUCCCGUGACACGACAGAAUGUUGGUUCCCCUGUUACCUCGACCGCUUCAAAUCCUGUUCCCCCCGAACAAAAAAUUGAUAAUCGACGCGCAUUCACAACUUCUUCCUUUCACGCUGCUCCAUUUCAAAGUACUGCCGUCAGAAAACGUAGGGACAACACAGUGAAUUUUAGUGACGUUGGUUCAUUCUUUUUGCAAACGCAGCAACAUUUUAAUUUGUAUAGCACGGACCGAACAACGAGUUACAAGAUCUGUAUCAACUCUAAGGUUGAUCGUGGCUUCUUUUUGGCUGACAAUGAUUGGACAUGCUAUCGAAGAAAUUACUUUCAAAUCAGUAGCGCCUUCUCCGUCACCUGCGCAUCUCAUCCACUCAAGGAACCUGAUGUUCAAUGUUUGAUAGAGGCCAACGGCCAAUUCCUUCCGGUGACCCAAUUCUCGUUGGGCAUUUCGGCUCGAGUUUCUAACAGCGACAAAAAAAUCGACUUGGUACAACACACUCCAAAACGUGAUAAGGGUCCGCAGAUGGUUCCCUUGCCAAAGCCUAUUCGUCCCGGUGGAAAUCUCAACCUUAGUUCGGUCGGGUCAAACUCAAAUCUUGUUACCUUUGAACGUAUCCAGUUCAAGACGGCUACUGCGAACAACGGGAAACGUCGUGCCGCUCAACAAUAUUAUGUAAUAAUAAUUGAACUUUACGCUCAAACUGAGAGUUGCGAUAACUAUUUAGUCGCCACCACCGUCUCGGCUCCUUUGGUCGUUCGUGGCCGUAGCCCGGGUCAUUAUGCUGAUAGUUCCGAACGUUUCAGCCCUAUGGCAAUGCAUCCCUCGUAUCCCAACGACGGUCGUCAUCACAUGAAUUUUCCGCAUUCUGGGCCGAAUGGUUCUCCUGGUAUGAUCUCGGCCGACUUCAGUGGUCCUCACUAUCCAGGCGCUUACGGCCAAUACCCUCCAUUUCAAGGUUUCUCGCAGAUUAUGAUCCCUACCAAUCCGACGACGUCCGAGGCAUCACCUUUUCAUCAACAUCAACCUCAUUACAUAGUUCAUAACAUGUCCCAGACGGGUGAUAGUCAAAAUAAUGACAUGUUCAACAAUCACAAUAUUGACCCAAAUAAUCUCGAAGUUCCGACGGCCACAUCUUCGGCUUUUUCGAACUAUGAGUCUCGUCCGGCAAGUGCCAAUCCGACGUCUGACGGAAAACCACCAUUAAUGAAGAUCGAGAUUCCCCAAACGUCUCAACUUUCUAACCAUCCUCUCACGUCUCCGGCGUUUCAUUCUCAAGAAUACGUUGAAGGCUUUCAUGUAUAUAACCAUAAUGGUCAUCCGGCCAAUGCUGCCGCCACGCAGAAUGGUGGUUAUCAUUCAGAUAGCGAACAAAAUAAUAGUAAUGGAUCGAGCAAACAGCUUGAAUCCGCCCAAGAAAAUCCAAUUGAUGAACGCUCAGAGAUUGACAGUCCCCAAUUGAACAAUGAAAAGACAGAUCCUUCCGACGAUUCGAAAUCGGAUGAUGCGAGUUCCAAGUCACCAUUAUCGGCCAGCGAAAAUAGGAACGUCACAAUCCCCACCACACCGAAUCAGGGUAAAGCUUCAGCAUGA